GCGUAUCUUUAGCAUCACCAUAACACUGUCAACUAUCAACACUUAGCAGUCUACGUCCCACUAGCAGUGAGCGGCGACAACUUUGUGGCUGUAAUAAUAGGUGCGCUCCUGUCCUUGGGUCCGUGACAACACUCACCACAUUCACUGACUGACCAUCGUCACCAUGUGGCUCGAGCUGUUCAUUUUCGCCCUGCUGGUGCUGCUUCUGCGGUACUACUUCACCAGGCCGUCAGGCAUGCCUCCAGGUCCGAUGGUGAUUCCUUACCUAGGGAACUUUUUACGCUUGGACAUUGCCUUGGUCAAGAAAUACAGAAAGAAAUACGGCAAUAUAUUUAUGACUGAACUGGGACCCAACAAAUUUAUCUUCCUGUGCAACUACAAACUCAUCAAGGAAUCAAUGUCAAAGGUUGAACUCUCGGAUCGUCCACAAUUUGAUUUGGGAUUCAUAUUAUCUGAAGGAGUUCCCGCAGGUGUCAUCAUGACCAACGGGAAACACUGGCAAAAUGCUCGAAGGUUUCUGCUGCGUAACCUGCGGGAUCUCGGGAUGGGCAAGACCUACCUAGAGGACGCCAUUCAGCGAGAGGCGCAGUUGCUGGUGGAGGAUUUCAAGACACUCUCUGGGUCUCCUACCCUCUUUCCCAAAUCCCUCAAUGUCGCUGUCCUUAAUGUAGUGUGGCAGAUGGUUGCAAGCACCAGAUACGACAUGGACGACGAAAGGGUCUUAUCAAUCAUCAAGAUAAUAAGGUCAUUCGAAACUACGUCUGCAAUGUUGAUUCUGGAAUUCAUCCCAUUCAUAAAGAAAAUUAUUCCAAACUUCAUAAAGAACAGAAUACCGAUAUACAAGCAAAUGGCGAACUUAAGAAAAGAAGCGAAGAAACUCAUACAGGACUUGAUGGCAACACACCGCGCCAACCUGGACCCUGACAACCCAAGAGACGUCAUCGACGAGUACCUCAUCGCCAUGGACAAUAAGAGUGACAUUGCUGAAUAUUUCAGUGAAUUGGACUUAGUGUCUGUAACCUUCGACUUGUUUAAUGCCGGGUUCGACACCACCUCCAAUAUGCUGCGCUGGAUCAUCCUCUACAUGAUCAAAUACCCCGAAGUGCAGCGGCGCGUCCAGGAGCAGAUUGACGAGGUGGUGCCCCGCGACGCCUUGCCCUCCUACCAACACAAAUCCAACCUGCCUCUGGUGGAAGCCAUGAUACAAGAAACCCUGCGGUUCUCCUCCUUGGUAGCACUCGGUGUGCAGCACUCCCCAGAAAGAGACAUUCAACUGGAGGGCUACCACAUUCCCAAGGGUAGCUUUGUUUUCCCGGCGACCAUCUGUUGCCACUACGACCCUCAGUACUGGGAACAUCCUGACCAGUUCAGGCUGGAGCACUUCCUGGACGAGCAGGGCAACUUUGCGUCCCAGAAAGAAGGUUUCCUGCCCUUCGGCACAGGACGCCGGAGCUGCCUGGGCGAAUCUCUGGCCAGGAUGGAACUGUUCCUUUUCUCCUCUGCUCUGCUCCAAAACUUCACAUUUUCUGCUCCCGAGGGUUGUGAGGUGAACCUUGAAGAAGACCCCAGAUUACCAUCAGUACGAAUGGCCCCUGACCAAAACAUUGUCAUCACGCCAAGGACGAAAAAGGACUGAUUGAGGGCACUUCUGUAGUAGGAGUAGGAGGCGCCUCUGUCCUGUUCCAUCACUGAUUUCGCAGUCUCAACCUUAUUUAUCAUUUGAUAACCACCUUUAUUUCAACUCACGCAUGAUUCUAGAAAUUUUAGAAUAACUCUGUAGAAGAAACAUUCCGCAAGCAGUAUAACAAUGCAUUAUAUGAUAAAAAGAUCCUCAAGAUUUUUUGACUUAGUAAUGAAUAGAUCAUGAUGAAAAUUAAGAUAAAAGAGGCAAGAUGAGCAGAACUAUGUUGGAUGUGGUAGCAGUUUUGUUAUUGACCUAAAAUAUUCAACAGGC